ACGGCCGCGCCACUUCCCCAGCUCCGCGCCGACCUCCCGGGCAAGUUACGGGGACUUUCCGAACGGUUUUCGGAGUUUCGGAGUGGCGCCAUGGCGCCACGUUAGCCGGGUGGAAGCUAGCAGCGGCAGCGGCGUCCGCCAGCCUCCGGGCGGCUGCGUGGGAGACGUUAACCCGGGAGCAAACAUGGAGAAAGUUCGGGAGCUGCUCCGCCACCUGCAGGACCCGCACCUCGUGGCCCGCUUCCAGCACGUCUGCGGGGUCCGGUCCGGCGCAGCGGACCGGGCUCACUCGCUCAACAACGGGGCAUGCAUGCAGCGAGUCUCCGACAGCGGCGAUAGCGACGCUCCAGCCGUUACCGGAUCCGGGGAGGGGCAGAAAGUGCCGGCGGGGGUCCGGAGGAAGGUCGCGGAGCCGAGGGGGGCGAGCGAAGACCCGAGGCAGAACGGGGCAGCCGUGUCAGAGGUGAUCUCCGCGGGGGAGCCGCUCCACGGAGCUCCGGCGGCGGGGCGCAGCAGCACGGUGAAGCCGCUCCGCAAGAACUCUCUGACGGGGGACGCCGGCCAGGAGUUCCUCAUCCAGAACCGGUUCCUGUACUACCUGUUCACGUUCGGCACCGAGCUGGGAAACGAGUCCUUCUACAUCACCUUCUUCCCGUUCAUCAUGUGGAACGUGGACGCCUUCGUGAGCCGCCGGCUCAUCAUGGUCUGGGUGUGGGUCAUGUUUCUGGGCCAGUGCACCAAGGACCUGCUCGGCUGGUCCCGGCCCGCCUCGCCCCCGGUGGUCAAGGUCGAGAUGUUUUACAACUCCGAGUACAGCAUGCCGUCCACACACGCCAUGUCCGGCACCGCCAUCCCCUUCUCGCUCUUCUUCAUGACCUACGGCCGCUGGGAGUACCCGUCCACGCUGGGCUUCUGCCUGGCGCUGUGCUGGUGUCUGCUGGUCUGCUCCAGCCGCAUCUACAUGGGAAUGCACUCAGUGCUGGACGUGAUCGCCGGCUUCCUGUACAGCGUCCUCAUCCUGCUGCUCUUCCUGCCGGCGCUGGACACGCUGGACGGCUUCAACCUGACGUCCCGCCUGGCGCCGCCGGUCAUCGUGGCGCUGCACCUGGGCCUGGGCGCCUUCUCCUUCACCCUGGACGCCUGGAGCACCUCGCGGGGCGACACGGCCCAGAUCCUGGGCUCCGGCGCCGGCGUGGCGCUGGCCUCGCACGUCAACCACCGCCUGGGCCUGAUGGCCGACCACCCGGCGGAGCGGCUGCCGCUGGCCGUGCCCGCCCUGAGCGCCGGCCUGGUGGGCGGCGCCCUGCUGCGCCUGGCGCUGGGCGUGCUGGUGCUGGUGGCCACGCGGGCGCUCAUGAAGGCCGUCACCAUCCCGCUGGCGUGCCGCGCCUUCGGCGUGCCGGGCGGCGACGUGAGGAAGGCCCGGCAGCACGUGGAGGUGGAGCUGCCGUACCGGUACCUGGUCUACGGCACGAUGGGCUUCAACGUGCUCUUCCUGGUGCCGCUGCUCUUCAGGUACCUGCAGCUGUCCUGAGCCCGCCGGGGUCAGAGGUCAGCCGCUCCUCCGCUCAGGGCAGCGACCGGCGGCGGAGAGACGGUUCUCCCUCUUCUCUUCCUCCAGAUGUGUUUGAAGCGAGAGUCUCGCGCCGUAAAGCAGGAAAACAAAACAAACUGCUGAGCGCGCCGCGAGCGACGCCGGAGAAAACACCUGCGAUCAGUCCUCUGCUUCCAGUCAGGAGUCCAGACACAGAACCAGCCAGCGCCUUCACGAGGAGCUUCUCCCACUUUCAGCAAGACGUUACCACUUCAGAGGGGGCGGGGCUUCAAAUUCAAGUCUUUCUCAGGAUCAGGACGCACCUAGUCCCCCCCCCCAAAAAAAAACAACAAAAAAAGCAUGAGUCAUCAGAUAUUUUUGUUGUUUCACAGAAAAAGGAGAGAAAAAUAAUUUAUUUUACUUCUUCAAUAUAAUUCCUAAAAGUGGUUAAGUAAUUUUUUUUUUUUUUUUUGUCCCUGGACUCUUUCAUGGAACAACGACCCUUGUGUGCAUCUUUACGUCUUCGGCUCAAAAAAAUUGAAGCAGGUUUUAUUGUGUUCAGUUUGCCACAGGUUUCUGUGUAUUUAGGUGGAAACAAACUUUCACCUGUCAGCGCUGGACCAAACACAUGACCACUGAUUUGCGUUUGCACUCCUACAUGAAAAACAAUUUGAUGAAAUAGACUAUUCAACAACAACAACAAAAAAAACAACCAACAAAACAAUUUUUUGAAAUUUUGGGGAAAAUGCAAUAAUUUUUUCCAGUAUUGGAGAAAAACAACAGAACGUGUCUGAAAAAGUCGAUUUUAUAUGUCUACCGACAGAGUUUAAAUAUAUAAUCUGAAGACUUGAAUUAGAGAAUCAGACUCCUCUGAACAAUUCAAGAAAUUAGCAUUUGGUUGUAUUUGGUCGAACUUGACUAAAUUGUUUUAAUUUUAACUUGGAAAUUUGAAUAAUUUAAAAGUCAUAAAGUUGUAAAUUGAUGGAUGAAACCCCUGAGACUCUGCUGGAUCUCAGCUCUUCAACCAGUAAAGCUUAAAGUUUGAAAGUUUCAACAGCCAUAAUGUGGAAGUGAGGAUUCCAGGCCGCUAGCAGCUCUCAUGCUAGCGCGCGGAAGUGAAGCUAGCCGCUCCAACGCUAACCCUGGAAUUUCAAGAGCACAUUUAGCGAUCUAAUAAACAGAAGCUUAGCUUUGAAGCUGCUAACUCAUUAAAGUGAGUCUGGAGCUUGUCAUGCUAACUUAUCACAGUAAGUUAGCUCCUGUGAUGCUAACUCAUUUUAAAACUAAAAGUUACAUUUUCCAUUUAAAUUUUUGAAACCUGACACACCUGAUGAGCUGUCAGGUGUGUCUUUUACAUUUUGAAGCGUCCUGCUCGGAUUUGUUGGCGAAAGUGGGCGUGUUCACCAGCUUCCCUUGGAGUUCCUCAGGGAUCAAUUUGUGGCUCCAAACAUGAGGUCCGGGACCCCUUCAGGGACCUCCAGCGCUCACAGGACAGGUCCAGAGGUCAGACGGAGGACCUGAGAAGGGCUGUGAACCUUGGGUUUCGUGAUCUCCGUUGCUCCUCUGCGGUUCUUUGUCUGGACUGAUCGUCGACGCCUCCUGAACCUUCACAGCAAUAAGAUUCGUCUCAUUCCUCUGAUUCCUGUUUUGUUUUUCCUGUGUUGGAGUCCCUGUGGAACUCGCCUCUCGCUCUCUCCUGUCUGCUCUGACAUCGACUCUUCUUCCUGCGAGUCGUGGGAGGAGUGGGGGCGGGGCAGCACUGUGUUCAGGAGUUCAACAGUUUGAACUCUUUCUAUUCCACUUCUUUCUCUGAGCACUUUAAGAACCACUCUGGCUUCACUUCCUGCUCAGAAACAUUUCACAGACCUGUGAUGCCUUCACUGUCUGCUCCGGAUCUUCCGGCGCCGCCACCUGUCUGCAGGUAAAAACCUUCUUUUCCUCUGAGCCUUAAGGAUCACAGAUCCAUGAUGCCUUCACUUCCUGCUGGAGUUUUCAGCUCCUGAACAGAGAAGGGGUUUUUCACGGUUGUUAAAAGUUUAAAUUCUAAGUUUCUGUUCAGAAUCUGUUGGUGGGAAACCGUCUUCACUGUGAGAUGUAUUCACUGUCCUCUUUCAUCCAGGAAAUUCUGCCGCUUUUAUUGUGAAUUCUUUUUGUCAUUGGUUUCGUCAUUAAAGACACUUCUCAGUUCAGUUUCUGUUCUCAGAUCUCAAAUCAAAUUCACAUUAUUGAGACUGAAAUCAGAAGUUUAAGAUGCCUUCACUGCCUCCUCUGGAGUUUUCAGCGACUCCGUCUGGUUAAAGUUUAUGAUCUUCAUUAAUUCUCGUGAAUUUCAUGACUUUUGUUAACGUUCAGAGUAUUCAGUUCCUGUUUCACGGGGACCACACCGUGUCCCAUUUCUGCAGGGACAAUUUGUUCAGAGAAAUGGAAAAUUUCAGAUUUUUAUUUUGAAUCUUUCAGUGGAAGCACGCACUUACUUCUUAAAACAGAAGUUGAGAUUAAGAGACUGUUUUUGGAAAUGGAAACAGAGACUCCUCCUGUCUGUCCUUUAGUUUGAAACAUUCCACUGAUAGUUAACUUUUUGAGGAAUUCAGAUGUGAUUCUGAAGCUGAAACAUUAAACACAAGUGAUUACUUAAAAUCUUUUCUUUCAGUAAUUUUUGCAAUCCAAAUAUCCAAGCGGUCAAAUUUUCUACAAUUUUUAGCUGAAAUAUGAAUUUUUCUUCUGUUUUUGUUUGGUGAAUUUUUAAUAGAAAUGUUGUUAAAAUUGGCUACUAUUUCAAAUGUAGUGAUUAUAUGUUCGUAUAAAAUUACAAAACAUUCUUCUUGUGCCUCUUCUGGAACUUUUUAUGACACUCUUGGAUUUCUUUCUAUCAGGGUUUGUUUGUUUUUUUUUUAACUUUAACCUGAAGUUGAUUUAAUUUGGGGUUUUUUUCUUUGUUUUCUUGAACUCAACAUGAAUCAAAACUCUUUUUUUUUUCCUGAAUCUGAAUGAAACUCUUAGAUUAUUUUUUUUUCUGUGUUUUCACUAUAAAAACUCAUUUUUGUCUUGAAAUGGACGAAAAAGCGAAGUUCAGAUUUCCCACUGUGACGGGUGUCAGUGAAGGCCACUCAGUGUUUGAUUCCUGCCCGGUGUGCAGUGGAACAGCCUCCACAUGUUGGUGCGUUCAGGUUCCUCUCUCGUCUUAAUUGGUUUAUCGGUACUGUCCUGAUAGAAAUGCACUGUUCCCAGAAUGCACUGCUUCCCCUCCCGAAAUUAACAUCUAUUUUCAGAAUUUUACUUGGAAAAAAAAAACUUGUAAGUUCUCAAAUUAAAUUGAAAUUGACUGAAACGU